AUCGACUCCUACUUCCCCAUAAAGCACCUUAUAAAGAAUACCAAAUUAGAUAAAACCAAAAAAAUUCCCAACCCCAAAUCGAAACCAAAUCAAAAAAGCACCCCAGCUCCGCAAAAUCCAUUAAACCCUCCCCGCUCAUCUCCAACUCAACCACUACCACCACCACCAAUACAACCUACAGCACAACCAGACGACCUCACUUACACUCACUCACCAUCGGCCCUAAAAUAAAGAACAACCAGAACAACAACGAACAAUGCCCCAACCAGAACGCCCAAAACCCGAACCAACAGUCAUCCCCAACCCUCGCCGUCUCCUCAUCCUAACGCCCUCGCAACACUCCCACACCACAAUCCCCCCAUUCCUGCACUCCCUAACCGGUUCCCCAGUCCUCAAUCCCCCGACUUCUACCUCCACCCUUGACCAAAAACACCCAGAUCCAGAUUCUAAGGGCGAUACCACGACGACGACGACGACUACAUUCGCAGGCUACACGACGCACCCCCCGCUUAGGCUCGAGAAUAGGUAUUAUAAAGCUGAGGUGCCGAUUUGGGUGGAUGAGAUUCCUUUGGAGGUAGAGUUGGGGAAUUCUUCUGGAUCUGGGAAUACGGAUACAAAUGCAAAUACACGAAAUGGGGAACCGGGGUUAAACCCCGAAGAUAAAGAUAAAGAAGGACAACAAGAGCCCCUCACACCAAGAACAUGGCGGAAAGAAUUCUCAGGCCCAGAAGCGAAGGUCGUUAGAGAUGCUAUCGGGGGUGUGGUUAUCUGCUUGCGCAACUUGGAUCCCCGGCCUCCGUCCACCUCUACCUCUACCGCUACAGAACAAGAGGUGGAAGGAAUACCAGAAUGGAAAGGUCUAAAGACGUUCCUGGAAGCUGUCGGUUCCGUUAAGGGUGUUAUGGAUGAGGAGAGGGGCGGGCUGGGUGAUGUUCUUGGGUUGGUUGUUUUGGUUGGUAGGGAGAGAGAGUCGGGUGUUGGCACCGGUGCUGGUGCUGGUGCUGGUGUUGGGAGUGGGGACCCGGGUGAGGUUGAUGGCUUGGGGGAGGAGGAAAAGGUGUUUUCUGUCCCCUGGUGGGAGGAUAAAUUGUUUGAUCUUGGGUUGGUGGGGUUUGAGGUUGUUAAUUGGGAUCCUAGGGAGGUUGGGAAUGGGGAGGAGAGGAAUCGGUUUGGAGAGUAUCAGGGUAUGCGAAGGGUGAGGGAGAUUCUAGAAACGCAUGAUUGGGCUUCGGCGCCUUCUGGGGAGUCGGAUGGUGCGGACGAUGUUGAAGAUGAGCUUGAGAGGCAUUUGCUUGAGGAUGGGUUCGACUUGGAGGUGAACGAGUUGGAGCGGGAGAUGGUUGGGUUGCGGUUUGCGAUGGAGAAUGGAGAUGACGAUUUACGUGGGAUUGACGGCGAUGAUGAGAUGAAGGUUGAGUCGAUGGAGGCAUUGAUGCUAAGGAUGAAAGCUAUUAAAGAUAUGAGUGAUGAGUUACCGGAGAGCGAGCGGAAACGAUUUGCGGCGAAAGCUGUACGAGAUAUCAUGAAGGAGUUAUAGUGCACCUAGUUUUAAGGUUCUACUUGUUACGCGUUAUGAAAGGACGAGUACAUAGCCAUCAGUAUAUCAUUACUAAUGCGUCUUUUUGUAGCGGAAUUACGUUUUCUAAACCAAACCCAUCCAUUUGGUCAUAUCAACACCGAUAUCUCACCGCUGCAGUCAUCCAUGGAUGACUCUAGUCUGCCCUCUUCUUGAGCACCUUCUUCCUCUGGGCAAUCA